CAGCCACCUGGCGACCUUUGUCUUGCUCAUGCAGCUGCAGACGUCGUGUUACUUCUCACCAGUGCUCAACAAAGGCGACAAUAACAACGUUCCCUGAUUGGUAAUUUUUUUCGGUCAUCUCGCCGAUUUUGCGACCUCCAUGCUUGACAAACUCCCGGCCGAGCUGGUCGACGAAGUCAUCGGUCAACUUGACACACCGAGAGACCUUGCGGCGCUGUCUGCCACCUGCCAGGUGUUCAAGCAACGAGUUUCGCCAGCGCCUGAUCUCGAACUGGGGCCGCUGCAAUGUUGUUAUCUCUCCAUCACGAUCAACAACGCAGACGCAUUUCGGCAGUUAGCGGACAAAGGCCGUCUUGCGCGGAGCAUACGACACCUACACUUGGUUGACCCCCCACCAUUAGAAGAUUAUCCCUCAGAAAAUGCACCAUUACGUUACUGGCGGGCACACGCCGCCCAAGGUCAUCUGAAUCGAGAGUACGACCCGAUUUUGAUCAACGCAGCACUGAAAGAGAUGUCAAAUCUUUGUUUCUUAUGCACUGACGGACUCAAGUUGAAAGGGGAUGGAAACGUGGCGCAUAUCUUUCGAAGCGUACCGGAUAGAUGUCGGUCGCUUACGGAUCUGUUCCUGGACCUCUCCAUUGAAGAAGGCAUAAAGCUGACGAAGACACACUUCGCUCCAGCGUCGAUAUCCCCAGCGGCACGUUUGAGAAGCUUCAGAGGCAACUUCAGCGACUGGGCUAACGUCCCUGAAAACGUCUGGAAUAGCUUCUCUUGUGCAGUCUUCACUUCUAUAGCUGCCGUAUGCACGAGCCUGGAGCAUUUGGGAUUGACCUGGGUUGAGUACACGCUCAACGAGCUGUUCAAGUGCACUUUCCCCAGGCUUCGUUCUCUCGAUAUUGCGUGCGACAUUGGCUGGGUCAUCCAUAGCGACGCACUCCACCUCUUCCUGAAACACAAUUCCUCGCUCGAAUCGAUCCACUUCUGCUGCAUUGCACCGACGUUCCUCUUACAAGACGCACUCCCGAAUCUGAAGCGUCUCAAGCUUUGUCCGGACGGAGGAGCCAUGUGGGACGUGGUGAACCCGCUGUCGGACGGGUCAUACCGACCGCUGGAGUGGGUUGACUUCGGUACAGUCCGACCGGAGAACAUGAGCACCGUCGUUUUUCCGAAGAUUGCUGCAUUCGCGAGCACGAUUCGAGUCGUGCGGGUACAUCGCUUGUGGACGUUGGAGGAAGUUGCGCGUCUGGGAUCCUUGCUACCUAACGUGCACACCCUGGGCUAUACCCACCUGCCAUCUCGGCCGGGGAAGGUGAACUACAUAACUCCAAUGUACCUCCAAAUGCUCGCAUUCUCUUACCCAAACCUCCGAUGCCUCAAGUCCUUCUUCCUCGAACACCCGGCUUCCCCCAUGUCGCCCGGAAUGGCAGUGCAACGGCUGGGGGAGCUGCUUCCAAGAUUGAUAUGUGUGGACAACUGGGUACGUGGUGACCCACGCGUCGGUGCGGGUACAGGGCCAGGCGACACCGGGGAGUGGAAGGUGGACUACAAACGGUCGCCAAUGAUGUAUUGGCCCAACUUUCAUCUGAGGAACGACGAGCCCGUGAGACUACCAGAGGAUGGGCUGGAUCCGGGGAUGUUUCAGAGGUGGGGAUAA